UUAUCAGUGUAUAUUUACUAAAAUAAUUGCAUUUCCAUGUUCUGUGUACUGUGGGAGAACAGAUAUAGUGAAUGCAGGGUACGGGGAGACCAGAUAUAGUGAAUGCAGGGUACGGGGAGACCAGAUAUAGUGAAUGCAUGGGUCUGGGGAGACCAGGUAUAGUGAAUGCAGAGUCUGGGGAGACUAGAUAUAGUGAAUGCAGGUUUCAGGGAGACCAGAUAUAGUGAAUGCAGGGUCCGGGGAGAGCGGAUAUAGUGAAUGCAGGUUCCGGGGAGACUAGAUAUAGUGAAUGCAGGAUCCGGGGAGACUAGAUAUAGUGAAUGCAGGAUCUGGGGAGACUAGAUAUAGUGAAUGCAGGGUCCAGGAAGA